AUGGAGCGUCCUUAUAAGGCCGCAAGUGGGAUAGAACGUACUGCAAAAGAAGGAGUGCCUAUUUUCGAUGGCACACCAGAGCUGCUUCCAUACUACCGGGAAGAAGCCAUUCAGUACAUGUUCACUUUCGAGACUCACAAGAGGUAUCUUGCCGGACCCCGCUUGGCAAAGGAGUUGAGCGGAGUGGCAAGAACCAUUGUUCGCAAGAAGAAUCUGCAGAAUCCUCAGUGGCUAGCAAACCCCCGAGGAGUUUAUGCCUUGUUGGAGCACCUGGAGGCGGCUAUGGAGCGGCCGUCACUGGUGCAAGCUAGCCAGCUGGUCAGUAGAUUCUUCUUCAAUCUCAAAAGGCGCAGACAGGAAUCCAUGACUCAGUGGAUUAACCGGCACAGCGAAGCCUUGUGGGAAGCUUCCCGUGCCCUAAAGCGCGUCCAGGAAGAGUUCAACCCGAAGGCUUCCCGAACGCGUGGCUCCAGGAGAAGCUCGACGUCGACGCGCAUGGAGCCCGGGGCCGAGCAGGACGACUUCUCACGUGGACCACCUCGAGACCGAGAGACCUUCGACGACUACGGCAGGCUUCCCGAGGACGAGGACGACGACGAUGCUCAGCGUGACGAUGAGCAGUGGACGAAUGCCAGCUGGAGUGGUUGGAGUUGGUGGCAGGCGUCAGGGUGGAACAUGCAGGAUUGGCAUCAGGCGGAGUACGAACCGCCAAACACUUGGCAUACGGAGGAGGAAGACUUUCUCCCAGACUUCCUUGUUGGUUUUCUCCUCCUGCAUCGUAGCGGCCUGGAUGCCAAUGAGCGAGCCAACAUCCUGGCAGCCAUCCGUGGAGAGUUUUCAGUGGCUGCUGUGUCUAAAGCCUUGCGAGAACAGUGGGGAGACGAAGACCUUCUACGGCGAGAUCGCAAGAAGGAACACGCGAUGUGGGCCGACGUUAGCGAUGACGAGGACGCGAUCGUUGCCGAGGACCUCAUUGCCCCUGACCCGUACGACGAGCCGGAGGCCUUUGCCGCUUUCCAGGAAGAGCAGCACGCCAUCGACGACGCUUUGGAGGCCAUUGCUCAGAACCGAAAAACUCUGAAGGAUGCUCGGUGGCGACAGCAUCAAGUCAAGAUGAAUCGGAGGUUCUACCCUAUGAAGGGUAGGAGCGAUGGUGGAAAGGGCCGUGGCGGACCAAGCUCCUCAAGUGGAAAGGGCAAGGAGAAGACUACCAAGUGUCUUCGUUGCGGGGGCAGCCAUGCUACUCAGGCGUGCCCUCAGAAGGGUGGCAGCAUCCAGCAUGCGGAGGAGGAGGCCGAAAUCGCCUUCGUGACGAUGGCCGUGGCGACCGACAACGACCCGCCGGACACGAAGGACCACACGGACCGCGAGUACAACCUCGAGCGCUACCACGGCAUGCUUCCGCAGAAGAUCGAGGACGUGUUCGGCGCGGAGACGGAGGACAUUCUCUCAGCUGAAGCGGCGCUGACAAAUCACCGAGAUGUCAUCGCCUCAGGCAUGGGGAUAGUAGACUGCGGGGCCACCGCGAGUCUUGCUUCCGUGGACGCUCUCGAGGCCAUUAUGCGGCUGAACCUGAAGAAGGGCCACGACGACAAGGUUACCGUCUUGCCUGGUCUGCGACCCACGUUCAGGUUCGGGAACGGUGAGCGCAAGGAGUGCAUUUCUUCGGUCCACCUCCGGGUCGACAUGGCGGAGCGCACGGGCAAGAUGCAGCUUCAUGUUCAUGACACUCCUGAGCAGCCAGCUUUGGUCUCUGUGAAAGCUCUCAAGCAGUUAGGGGCUGUGAUAGAUUUUUCCACCAAUCAGUGUGUGUUUCAACAGAUUAAUCCGUGUGCUGUUGUGCAGCUGGAAGCUGCAGACAACGGCCAUCUUCUGAUGCCCUUAGCCAGCAAUCUUCUAGAGAAGGCCUCGUACCGCAAGACCGUUUUUCAAGGCCUCUCAGCUGAGUAG